AUGGCAAACAUAAGCUGUGGUGGAUGGAGUGGGACGCAGGACGCCACUAAGGAAACUCAGAAGAUAUGUGAUCAGGUGAAGGCCCAAGUGCAGAAAACGACAGGCAACAACUACAGGGUCUACGUAGCAGUUAAAUACAGGAAUCAGAUCGUGGCAGGAGUAAACUUCAGCAUCAAGGUUCAUGUUGGAGGAGAGGACUACAUUGAUCUGAGUGUCUUCCAAGAACUUCUGUGUAAUGGAGGAAAGGCUGAGCUGCGCGGUGUGGAGCAGCACAGAACCAAAGACUCCCCCCUCGAACCUUUUGUAAACUGA